AUGGAUUUCAACAGUCUCAAAGACCAAGUGAGCAACCUCACCUUAUAUGACCUCAAGGCCGGUGUUCGCAAGGUCCAAAAUGCUGUCAUGAAUUACACCGAGAUGGAGGCCAAGGUGCGAGAAGCUACUAAUAACGAACCGUGGGGCGCGUCGUCGACCCUCAUGCAAGAAAUCGCGAACGGCACCUUCAAUUACCAAACUCUCAACGAGAUCAUGCCGAUGAUCUAUCGCCGUUUCACCGAGAAGUCCGCCGAGGAAUGGAGGCAGAUCUACAAAUCGCUUCAGCUACUCGAGUUCUUGAUAAAGCACGGCUCCGAAAGGGUCAUCGAUGAUGCGCGAGGUCACAUCACGCUCCUAAAGAUGCUGCGGCAAUUCCACUUCAUCGACCAGAAUGGUAAAGAUCAGGGCAUCAACGUCAGAAAUCGCGCGAAGGAACUUGCCGAACUACUCGGCGACGUCGAACGGAUCCGAGCAGAGCGAAAGAAGGCCAGAGCCAACAAGGCCAAAUACACGGGAGUCGAGGGCGGCUCCAUGGGAGGCUUCUCUUCCGGCAGCGGAGGUCGCUACGGCGGCUUCGGCAGCGAUUCCGGUGGUUUCGGAGGCCCUUCCGCGGGUUACGGUGGCUAUUCGGGCGGCGUGUAUGGCGACGGCGGCGGCUUCGGGGGCCAGUCCGACGACUGGAGAGAAGGCGGCAGCAGUCGCGCGGACAAGUUCGAAGAGUACGACGAAUUUGACGAAGGAACCGCGCCGUCGAGUUCCGCCAGGGCGAAGCGACCUGAGCGGACCGAGAGAAUCGGCGUCAAGAAGACCACGCCUGCCGAGCCGCCGAAGAAAAAGGAACCCGAAGUCGAUCUCUUCUCCUUCGACGACCCCGAACCUGCGCCGGCUACCUCGGCCGCCGUGCCCGCUCCGUCCAACGGCGCUUCCGCCCUAGCCUCCUUAUCGACUGCGAACAACGACGACGACGACUUCGACGACUUCCAAUCGGCGGCGCCUGCGACCUCGAAUAAUGCGGGCAUCCCUCCGAUGGUGACGUCGAGCGCCCACUCUACCGCCCAGUUUGCCGCGCCGAAGCCUCUGUCCGGACCGCAGCAAGCCAACUUGACCGACAUGAUGUCUGCGAUCUCGCCGCCUGCAAGCUCCACCACUACGCCGGCAGCGAACUACUCCGCUUUUGGCCUGCCAACCGCCCAGGCACCGAAACCAGCGGUCAGCUACCAGGCGACGGCACCUAAUUAUUUCCAGUCGGUCCAGGCGCAGCCCACAGGAUCGUCCAUUUCCGGGAUGUCAGCGUCUGGUGCAUCUGCGCCUUCCGGUAUGUCGUCGCUCAAUAGACCAGCCGGUCAACCGGCGGCGAAGCCGGCCGCCGGAGGUGACCCCUUCGCCAACCUCUGGGGCCAGGCCGGAAGUGGCGUGAAGAAGGCGAGCACGCCCGUGGCCGGCCCUAAGAUGGGCCAACUUGCUAAAGAGAAGACUAGCGCCUCCCUCUGGGGCGCUCCUGCGACCGGCACGUCGAAACCGCCGACGAGCACAGCGACCGGCAGCAGUGGCUUGGACGACCUGUUAGGAUGA